GCCCUAUGCAGCCAGUGGCGAGGACGCCAAUUGACGCUGACUGGCAAUGCGGGCCGCAUUGGUGCUCGUGCUCUUUACUGCUUUACUAUUUGUUUCAUUAAGUUCGUCAUUGGCCCACAGAAGAGGCCGACGACGGCAAGGUGAUGACGGCGUGCGGCUUGGCUCAGGCCGACUGGGUCGACGUUUCAAGCAAAAUAGGAACGAUGUCUGCGAUGCUUCCCCUUACAAGGAAUUCCGGUUUCCUGACGGAAUGCCAUGCAAGCUCAAAAGAAGAAAAACAGGGAUGUGCCUUAAAGGAAGAUGUGUGACCAUUGAAGAAUAUGAAGAAUUUACCAGUGCCAAUCGCAAACCAGGCAAUACACAUUCGCUGGGAACACGUGCGCCAUUUAAGGCAAGUGACAUUUCUACCACUGAGGCCCCUAGCAAGGCUCGCUCUCCCGGCACAACAAAGGAGAACUUCACCUCCCAGAAAUAUCGAACCACUCGGGACUCACACAGCACAUACUCGGCGACAACAAAUCUGGCCUUAAGGACCCGUGACAUUUCAACAACAGAGGCACUUAGCAGCACACGCUAUCCAGGCACAACAGAGAGAGGCUUAUCCACGCAGAAAUAUUCGACUACUCCAAAAUCAGGAAGCAGAUACUCCGGGACAACAAGUAUGCUCUUCAGCACCAGUGACACUUCCACAACGGACGCACGUAGUAGCGCCCCCUAUCCAGGCACGACAGAGGGAGGCUUAUCCACGCAGAAAUAUCCAACUGGUAAAUCAGGCAGCACAUAUCCGGGGACAACAGAUGUGCGCUUCAAAACCCGUGAGACUUCCGCAACGGAUUCACCCAGCAGCACCCACCAUACAGGAACAGCAGAGGCAAGCUUAUACACGCAGAAAUACACAACUCGUGCAUCAGGCAGCACCUAUUCGGGUACAACAGGUGUGCCCUUCAGGAAUCGUCACAUUUCAACAAGGGAGGCACCUAGCAGCACCCGCUAUCCAGGCAUAACAGAGGGAGGCUUAUCCACGCAGGAUUAUCUAACUCGUGAAUCAGGCACCACCCACUCGAGGACAACAGGUGUGCCCUUCAGGACCCGUGACACAUUAACAAAGGUGGCACUUAGCAACACCCGCUAUCCAGGCACAACAGGGGGAGGCUUAUCCACAAAGAAAUAUCCAACUGGUGAAUCAGGCAGCACCAACCCGUGGACAACAGGUGUGCCCUUCAGAACCCAUGAGACUUCCGCAAUUGAGGCACGCAGCAGCACCCGCUAUCCAGGCACAGCAGAGGGAAGCUUAUCAACGCCGAAAUAUCCAACUCGUGAAUCAGCCAGCACGUACUCCGGGAGAACAGGUGUGCCCUUCCGCACUCGUGGCACUUUCACAACGGAUGCACGCAGCAGCACCCGCUAUCCAAGCAUAACAAAGGGAGGCUCAUCCACGCAGAAAUAUCCAACUGGUAUAUCAGGCAGCACAUACCCGGGGUCAACACGUGUGCGCUUCAACACCCGUGACGCCUCCACAACGAAUUCACCUAGCAGCACCCACUAUACAGACACAGCGGAUGAAAGCUUAUCCACACAGAAAUAUCCAACACGUGAAUCAGGCAGCACCUAUUUGAAGAUAACAGGUGUGCCCUCCAGGACCCGUGACACUUCCACAACGCAGGCACCUAGCAGCACCCGCUAUCAAGGCACAACAGUUGGAGGCUUACGGAAGCACCAAUUUUCAACUGGUCAAUCAGGCAGCACAUACCCGGAGACAACAGGAGUGCGCUUCAGGACUUUUGACACUUCCGCAACAGAUUCACCUAGCAGCACCCACUAUACAGGAACAGCAGAGGGAAGCUUAUCAAUGCAGAAAUAUCCAACUCGUGAAUCAGGCAGCACGUACUCCGGGACAACUGGUGUGCCCUUCAGAACCCAUGACACUUCCGCAAUGGAGGCACGCAGCAGCACCCGCUAUCCAGGCACAGCAGAGGGAAGCUUAUCAACGCAGAAAUAUCUAACUCGUGAAUCAGGCAGCACGUACUCCUGGACAUCAGGUGUGCCCUUCAGUCCUCGUGACACUUCCACAACGGAUUCACCUAGCAGCAACCACUAUACUGACACAGCAGAGGGAAGCUUAUCAACACAGAAAUAUCCAACUCGUGAAUCAGGCAGCACGUACUCCUGGACAUCAGGUGUGCGCUUCAGUACUCGUGACACUUCCACAACGGAUUCACCUAGCAGCACCCACUAUACAGACACAGCAGAGGGAAGCUUAUCCACGCAGAAAUAUCCAACUCGUGAAUCAGGCAGCGCGUACUCCUGGACAUCAGGUGUGCCCUUCAGUACUCGCGACACUUCCACAACGGAUUCACCUAGCAGCACCCACUAUACAGACACAGCAGAUGCAAGCUUAUCCACGCAGAUAUAUCCAACUCGUGAAUCAGGCAGCACGUACUCCUGGACAUCAGGUGUGCCCUUCAGUACUCGUGAUACGUCCACAACGGAUUCACCUAGCAGCACCCACUAUACAGGAACAGCCGAGGGAAGCUUAUCAACGGAGAAAUAUCCAACUCGUGAAUCAGGCAUCACGUACUCCGGGACAACUGAUGUGCCCUUCAGAACCCAUGACACUUCCGCAAUGGAGGCACGCAGCAGCACCCGCUAUACAGGCACAGCAGAGGGAAGCUUAUCAACGCAGAAUUAUCCAACUCGUGAAUCAGGCAGCACGUACUCCUGGACAUCAGGUGUGCCUUUCAGUACUCGUGACACUUCCACAACGGAUUCACCUAGCAGCACCCACUAUACAGACACAGCAGAGGGAAGCUUAUCCACGCAGAAAUACUCAACUGGUGUAUCGGGCAGCACAUACCCGGGGACAACAGUUGUGCGCUUCAACACCCGUGACAUUUCCACAACGGACGCACCUAGCAACACCCGUUUCCCAGGCACAACAGAGGGAGGCAUACCCGAGCAGCAAUUUUCAACAGGUCAACGAGGAAGCACAUACCCUGGGACAACAGGUGUGCGCUUCAACACCCGUGGCACUUGAUGAUGAGUGCUUUCUUGGUUUGCAGCAGAAAUAAAUGUAUGCAGGUCACAUGGAAGGUUCACACAAUUCUGUGGGGAAAAUUUGACAGAUUUCUAUAUGUAUUGCAACAGCAUUGCUUUGUCAGUGUGAGCACUUUACUCAUAAAUAGUAAUUGCAGCUUUCAGAUAAUUCAACUGCUAACUUCAAGUCAUCUUUCAAUGAAAGUCCUUUUUUGAGAACCACUUACAUAUCGUUAGUUUUUCCGUUGUUUACGCUAAUUAGACGUUCCGCAUUCGGUUCCGAAAAUUGUUUCAGUGAUGCAAUUUUUAUCGCGUAGAGAUCGGUGUAUUUAGCAUAAUAUUUCAUGGGAGAUGCAGACAUGUGGCAGCAGUGCGUCAUCGAACACGUGUUUUGAUUACUGUAGGUGUUUUUAGCAAUAAGAAAGAGACGUCGUAAAAGCAAUUCAACAUUUCAUACGAGUCAAUAAUGCGACGCGUCGCCUUGCGAAGCAUUGAUUCUUCUGAAAGUUGUAUGCUGUUCGUGUGAGGCGACUGCUGAAUAAGUGUUAGAUAUGCUUGUCAUCUGUAUUGGUCAAUUGUGACUGCACGUUUCUAUUAUUUAUGGCUGUUUCUUUUGGUUGUGUCUGGCAGUACGUAUGCAUUGAUUUAAUAAACGUUUGCAGUAAGUUUUA